UUAUUAGGUGUUGCUAUGAUAACCCACUUGGGAUACGCGGCCCUUCUCGAUUCAUUUAAUCAGUGUCUAAUUAGUACGCCUACUUCGUUUGGAUACUGCUUGGGGAUAGGGGCGUUGAGCAAAUUGCAGAGCAUUGAUAAUAACCCCGAAUAUGACGUCGUCGACGGCGUUACCUUCGCGAAGGACGAACAAGAAGUAAGGGAGAGUUACAAUUUUCUAAAUCGCGAUCCAGGAGAUUUCAGGACGAUAGUGGACUCUGUCGGCGACGUGUUUUCACGCAGAAGUAUGCGUUGGGAUAUGAGCGUCGUUUAUCCGGGAUUAUCGAUGCGAGUAGCGCCAUCAGCAAGUCCGGCAGGUGUACUAGAAUUCGUCAUAGAUCCGCACCGUGAAGCUCUCGCACACCAUACGCUAAAGGAAGUCGGUACAGGUCGACUGAUAGCCAGGCAUUUUCUACUGCCGCUUCUGCUGGGAUUUAAAUUUAACAUCGCAACUUUAAUACCGAUCAUGUUUGGGCUUUUAGCACUUUUGGCGAAGAAAUUUAUAUUCAUAAGCAAAGUGGGUCUAAUUAUGACCACAGCCAUAGGCUUGGGAUCAAUUUUAUUUAAACAGCCCUAUUCUCAGCACGUGCCUCAAGGCGGUCAUUAUCCUUCUCACGGACACUACGGUCUUGGAGCGUACAACCGAUAUCCAGACGACGAAAAUUAUUACUCCGACCACAUCUUAAGGGAUCCAAAUGAGGGAAACACUAUUAAUGUAUUUAAUAGUAUACACGAUGCUCUUGAUGGAAGAGAGGAAAAAUCAAUUGGAGGGAAAAGAAAUUUCGCUUGGAACGAAGCGGAAAAGAAAGAAAACCCAUAGAUAGGUGUAUUAUUUAAUUUUGUUGUUAU